UACGGUAGAGACGACAUUGGCUUGUCUCCGUGUGAUGUCACAGCCCCUCCCUCUCCAUUCCCACAACUAUAAAAAGGAUGGCGGACCGAAUUCUCGGCAUAGUUUCAUCGGGAACCUUCGCACUCUUUUUGAGUUUCACAGAGGCGAAUAGCAGCACGAUCCCGACUGGCACGGAGCAGCAAUGGCGGCCCUGGGGUUGGAGAUUCUGGGAGUAGCGUUAGCCAUCUUGGGCUGGAUUGGAAGCAUCGCGUCCUGCACGCUGCCCAUGUGGAGGGUCACCGCCUUCAUCGGCAGCAACAUCGUGACAGCGCAGACCAUCUGGGAGGGAAUCUGGAUGAGCUGCGUGGUGCAGAGCACCGGGCAGAUGCAGUGUAAGGUCUACGACUCCAUGCUGGCUCUACCGCGGGACAUGCAGGCGGCCCGCGCCCUGGCAGUCAUCGCCAUCGUCCUGGGACUGCUGGCGAUGCUGGUCUCAGUGGUGGGCGCCAAGUGCACCAACUGCGUUGACGACGAGACCACCAAGGCGAGGGUGAUGAUCUCAGCGGGGGUCACCUUCAUCGCCGCCGCGCUGAUGCAGCUCAUCCCUGUGUCCUGGUCCGCUCACACCAUCGUGAUGGACUUCUACAAUCCAACCGUCCCCGAGGGCCAGAAGAGGGAGAUAGGGACCAUGUCUGUGGGGCUGGAGAUAGUGGGGAUCGCCCUGGCCGUGCUGGGCUGGGUCAUCGCCAUCGUGAGCUGUGCCCUGCCCAUGUGGAGGGUCACCGCCUUCAUCGGCAGCAACAUCGUGACGGCGCAGAUCAUCUGGGAGGGAUUAUGGAUGACCUGCGUGGUGCAGAGCACCGGGCAGAUGCAGUGUAAGGUCUACGACUCCAUGCUGGCUCUCUCGCAGGACCUGCAGGCGGCCCGUGCCCUCACCGUCAUCUCCAUCCUGCUGGCCCUCUUCGCCCUGCUAGUUGCCAUCGUUGGGGCCAAGUGCACCAACUGCAUCGAGGACGAGACGUCCAAAGCCAGGGUGAUGAUCAUCUCCGGCAUCGUCUUCAUCACUUCUGGUGUCAUGCAGCUCAUCCCAGUGUCCUGGUCGGCCAACACCAUCAUCCGGGACUUUUACAACCCGCUGCUGACGGACGCCCAGCGGCGGGAGCUGGGCACGGCGCUCUACAUUGGCUGGGGGGCGUCCGCCCUGCUCAUCAUCGGCGGCGCCCUGCUUUGCUGCUCCUGCCCCCCCAGGGAGCAGAAAUAUAACUCCACCAGGAUGGCAUACUCAGCCCCACGCUCAGCCGGGGGGGGCACCUAUGACCGUAAAGACUAUGUGUGAACUACAAAAAUAUAUAUUUGUAAAUGUCUGAAAGUCCCUAACCCUUCAACUAAGGACAGAACCAACCAAGGAAGAGGAGCAAAGCUAACAAGAAAGAAUGAUGGAGAUCUCGGUUCAUUUUGCACGUUUGUGACAUUUUAUUUUAGUUUAAAGCUUUUUGCUUUUGUAGAGCUUAUUUGUAUGUUGCUGUUGGUUUCUGUGCAUCUUUGAGGCCGGUAUCUGCCCAGAAGUCCUGACUUCACAUUUAGACACACAGUGUUCAGUCCAAGGACUGGCACAUACUGGUACAGAGAUUCUUCGCUGGGAUAUGCGUUAAAAAUUUCAACUAAUUUCUUUUUAUUGCUAACUUUUAAUAGGUAGAUGUUGACAUGGACAUAUUUAAGAAUAAUCUUUGCAAGAACUGUAUCUUUUUUCUGAAAAAAAUUUAUGUUUUUCUUGUUCCUUUGUGUUGUUGCUGUGUUAAACUAGGGUGACACAAAAUGUUAUGCAACAAUGAUCCAAAUGGUUACAUACACACUGAAUGUCACAUAACCAAUGUAGACGUUUGUAGAUAUGGGUGAUGUGCAAAUAGGCCUAAAUGACUCUAAUAACAAGCUCCUCAGAUGACUUGAGUGUAACUUUCUCCCCUAAUAUGAUUGAUUUUCAAAUUAUUUGUUCUGUUUACUUCUUCUAAAAUCAAUUGUUAUGUUUGCCCUGCAACGUGUAUACAGCUUUGAAAAUGUGUUUUGUUUAGUUUUGUGGUUUAUAAAUGAAAUUGAGUAAAUGAGCAGAUUGUGAAAUAAAGACCAUAGAGACGCCUGGUUUAAACUGCAAGUCAGACGCGAGCCCGUCAGUAACAAGAUGGUCUCUGUUCUUCGACACAAAGAAGCGCUCGAGAGGAGGUGCAGUGGGGAGGCACGGCGGAGGACGCGAGGGGGAGGUGAGGGUCUGCCUCUAGGUGUGUGUCUCAGCGUAUGAAGGGAGGGUCCCUGUGCACGCCUCACUCUAGUGCAGGCUGAAAACAUGUGCUAACAAUGCGGAGUCUUUGUUUCAAUAAAGCCACUUAUCGUA